CGAGCCACAGGUUCAAGAUGCCAGCUGCGUUUACACUUGUGACAGUGCUGCUCUUGCAUUCGUUGGGAGUCAUUGGACAAACAAUCCCUCGAUUAUGGCAACCUCAUCCAUCGGUGACGGCCACCAGCGGGCAGAACCCUAAGAUACGAUGUCAAGUAUUGAACGACAGAGCUGUCCAUUUUGUCUUUUCGUGGUACAAGCAGACAAAGGGCAGCGCCAUGAGUUUCAUGCUGAGUGUUCGCGCUAAAAACAAGCCGAGGUACGCAGCAGGCAUCAGCGAGAGAUUUGUGCCCGAAUUCAACACAGUGGAGGACAGCUUGGACCUGACCAUCGGGAACUUCGACCCCUCUGAUGUGGGCACGUACUACUGCGCCAUCUGGUACUCCAGUCAGUACAUCUUUGGAGACGGGACGGAGGUUGAGUACUCGGAUUCGAUUCAGCCACCACGUACUCCCCUACUCCAUCUUUUCCCACCAUCACCUCAGCAACUUCAUACUAGAAAUGAAGCCACACUGCUGUGUGUGGCUCGACAUAUGAGGCCCCAGCAUGUACGACUGCGCUGGGCAGUGGAUGGGCAGGCACAAGACCUACAACAGCAGCUGGAGGCGUCUGAACGUGAGCCAGAGGGCACAUUCACCUCCUGGUCGAUGCUGAGCAUUAGUAGUGACAUCUGGCAGAGGGGCGCAUGGGUAACGUGCCAAGCAGACCAUGAAACGGUGGAUCCGAGUACUCCGCUGGAGAAGAGUGUGGAGUUGGGGUUAAGACAAGGAGAUUGUAAAGAAGAAGAUAAAUCCGGAUGGAAUAUUCAAGAUCACAAUAUGACCAGCAGCAUGAAUUCUUUCUCAAAUAAUUAUGCAGGUGACCUGGCGCAUAUUUUGGAGAUCGCUACUUACUGCUACUUUUGUCCACUGGUCUUCUCCAUCCUGUUUGGAACUGUAAUCACCAGCUUAAUUUUUUUUAAAAGUAAAAAACUCCGGGGUAGGGUCAAAAGCCGCCAAGCUUCACUUGAGGUUGCACCCAGAGCACUUUCUAAAGUGCAGAAGUAAUCAUCCGGUUCACUCUUAUGACCCAGUUGUAGACCGGUGCUAUUCAAAGAUUACCAAACCUCAUAGCAGACCCUCUGUAAACAUCCCCUUAGCAGUUGGCCUUUCUUUGGAUCAGAUGUUCUUAGUCCUCUGAGUUUUUUAUUAGGUUAAUUAAGUUUGAAAACUGAGAAGAGAGCCAAUCAACAAAAUGGAAAUGUCGUAUGUGAUAUAAAAAAGAAAUAAACAGAGCAGUCAUAAAUAUAUGAUAAAACUGUAAAUGACUCUGACUAACAAUUCUUUUUAAACAGACAGCCUUCAUGAGAUAGUGACAGCCAUUCAACAUGUAGUGAGGUCUCUGGAGGCUGCAGUGGCGACUCCCUUUGUUUCCCAGUUAGUCUCUAAUUCUUGGGUACUGCAAUGUAUUAACGUUUUUACAAGGCUGCAGUAUUCUAAGA